AUGGAUUCAAUGGACAGUAAAGCUCUGUCUACACUGUCCCCAUCAAACGCUCUCAGAUGCGACUCGCAGACAAAACCUGUUCUAAAGAUGCCUGAACUGAAUCUGGGGGAGUUUAAUGGACCUCUGCAGUACACAGUAUGGAAACAGAUGCUGAAUGUUAUCAGCCCAGUUCCUGCCCCAUUGACACUGGACUCAGAGUCAGCAAGUUUGGACCUUGUCCUCUCUAAGGACCAAACAAUGGUGAAGGGCUGCUUGAAGCUGAAAGACAUGCCAAGCAGUCCCAAGCGGUUUAGUAAUUACGGCUGCGUGCUGACGCGGGAAGGGUUCACUUCAGGCAAACACUACUGGGAGGUCGACGUGGAGAGCAUUGAUGAGUGGAUUGUUGGUGUGGCGAAGGAGUCCGUGGACAGGCACAGGGCUGUUUCGCUGACGCCCUCAAAUGGGUUCUGGACCUUGAGAAAGUGGAAUGGAAAUGUCUAUGGCCCUGAGCACACAACGAAAUCCAAGUGCUGCUUAAACGUAAAUCUGAGGAGGGUGGGAGUCUAUGUGGACCACAAGGAAGGGCAGGUGUCCUUUUAUAAUGGCGAUGACAUGACACAUCUCUACACCUCCACAAGCCCGUUCACAGAGAAGAUUUACCCAUUCUUCCUGCCUUUCCCGGAGACAGUGACUAAAGAGGUGCUGAAGCUCUUCCACUUGAAACUGUAGCUCAAUGGGACACAGACAGUGGCCUAUUCAGAGCAUCUCUCCUUCCUAUAAUAGGGAAAGCAAAUCGAAUUUGGCAUUUAUUGCCAAAGGAAUAGAGUAUAAAAAUAAGGAAGUGUUGCUGCAACUGUAAAAGUGAGACUGCUCCUGGAGUACUGUGUACAGUUUUGAGUGUCUUACUUACACGAGGGUGGAGUUCCAUUGGAGGUAGUUCAAUGAAGGUUCACUGGAUUAAUUCCAGAGAUGAGGUGUUUGGCUUAUGAGGAGAGAUUGAGCAAUUAUUUUUUAUUCAAUCAUGGGAUGAGGGCAUCACUGGCAAGGCAGCAUUUAUUGCCCAUCCCUAAUUGCCUAGAGGGCAGUUCAAAGUCAACCAUUUUGCCGUGGAUCUGGAGUCACAUGUCGGCCAGACCAGGUAAGGAUUGCAGCUUCCUUCCCUAAAGGACAUUGGUGAACCAGAUGGGUUUUUCCGACAAUUGACAAUGGAUUCAUGGUCAUCAUUAGAUUCUUAUUUCCAGAUAUUUAUUGAAUUCAAAUUCCACCAUCUGCCGCGGUGGGAUUUGAACCCAGGUCCCCAGAACAUUACCUGGGUCUCUGGAUUAACAGUCCAGCAAUAAUACCACUAGGCCAUUGCCUCCCCAAGCCUAUACUUGCUGGAGUUUAGAAGAAUGAGUGAGAUUUAAUUGACGAAUAUAAGAUACUGGAGAGGAUUGACAUGGUAAAUGUAGAGAGGAUGUUUCCUCAUGUGGGGCAAUCUAGAACGAGGGGUCACCAUUUUAGGAUAAGGAAAUUGGAGAUUUAAAACUGGGAUGAGGUGAAAUUACUUCUCUGAAAGGGGGAGGGACCUUGAACCUGUGGAAUUCACUACCCCAGUGGUAGUGUGGUGGAUACCAGGACAUUGAAUAAAUUUAAAGAAGGAAGGAAUUGACUGAUUUUUCAUUAGUAAUGGGACGAAGGGUUAUAGGACUGGACAGGAAAGUGGAGUUCAGGUCCAGAUGAGAUCAGCCAUGCUCGUAUCAAGUGGUGGCACAGUCUCAAGAGGCUGAAUGGUCUACUCCUGCUUCUAUUUCUCAUGCUUCCAGUCUGACUGUGCACCAAGUUAGUGGUGAGACUCACUUUCUCCGUGCUAAGCAGUUCCAUCGAGAAUCCAAAGCUACAACCUGUCUUACUGGCUGCAUAUUGUUUCUACAAACUAGAAUUCAUAUCAUUUUGCUGUGGGCUCCAUGAGUUCCAGUGGCUGUGACAACAUGAACUUAUCCAUAAUAAUAAAACUAAGAACUGCCAAUGCAGGAAAUCUGAAAACGAAAGCAGAAAGUGCUGGAGAAACUCAGCAUCUAUGGAGAGAGAGAGAGAGACAGGGAGAAAAACAGAGUCAACAUUUCGAGUCUGGUGACCCUUGGGUCAGAAGAGCUCUUGUAUCUCCAGCACUUCCUGUUUUUUGUAUAAACCAGCCCAUGCUUGUUGUUGAUUGGAGCAAUGGACCCUUGUAGCUAAGGCUCCAGCUCAUAAGGGAUCAGCUCCUGCUCCAACCAACCGCUGUUGGCAUUUAUGGGAAAAUGUACAGACUGAUAAUCAGAGAUAGUAGGAACUGCUGAUGCUGGAGAAUCUGAGAUAACAAGGUGUAGAGCUGGAUGAACACAGCAGGCCAAGCAGCAUCAGAGGAGCAGGAAGGCUGAUGUUUCGGGUCAAGACCCUUCUUCAGACUGAUAAUCAUCCUGUUUGAGCAGCUUCAGAGCUCACCAUCCUUAGCCAUCAGGUCCUGGAGUGGGACUUGAACCUGGAACUUCUGGGGCAGAGGCAGUGACACUACAUUAUCUGCCACAUUUACCCCACCUCUGUCACACUUACCUGCUGUGCCACUUUUACUGUCUUAUCUUGAGAACUUUGGUGUUUUUCAUUUCUUUCCAAUAAAAAUGAUUGAAAUUGUC